AUGUCAGGAAAGAAGACUAAGGGCAAGGAUGAGUCAUCCAGUUCGGAGGAAGAGGGGGAGGGAGAAGGAGCAGGGGAGCAGCAGGGGGAACAGUCUCUCAACACAUUCGGAGAGGCAGACUCUGACGCUAGCUCCGAAGUGCCAGAUGCGUUUGGAGGGGCCAGUCAGACUGAUCUGGACACGGAGCCGCCCAAGACACCCGGCAGCACCGGUGGGGAAUACCACGGGGACAAAAUCGAGAAACAGACGAGCCAGGUGGAAGUGAAGGACCCCUUUGCCCCCAAAUCCAAGAAGAAGACCAAAUCAAAAGACACAACAAAAGGUGGCUCAAAAAAGAAAGGAGGCACUGGAGCCGAGGAAUCAUCGGAGGGGUCCAUUCCCAAAUCCGGUAAAAGGAAGGGGAAAACAAUGCAGAAGACUGCACCAAUUGACGACGAAGACGAAGACGAUGAAUUAUCUCAAUCUCAAGGAGAGAGCGGGGAGCCUCCAGGUACAGAAACACGGGCACCAUCGGGUAGUGGAACCGGAGCUGCUGAAGCUACCGGAACUGGAGCCACUGAAGGUACAGGCGCGCCAUCAGGUGCAGGAACUGGGCCUCAAGAUGCUGCAUCAGGUGGGCCGUCAAACACAGCCGGUGGAUCCCAAAAUGACACGAGUGAUUUCGAGGAGGUCGAGGGCGCUGAGCCAGCUUCUGUUGGCAAAAGCACCGGUAAAAGUAAGAAAACAAAGACACGAUAUGGCAAUGGCAGCACAGUCGAUCCUCCCAAAAUAUCGGUGGACGAGUCUCUAGCAGUUUCAAAAGGAGGUACGAAAAAGAAAGUAAAAAGAACUAAAAGCACAGGAUCGAAAAAGAAAACGGGGGAAACCGGUCCGACUGGAACCACUGGAAUGCUAUCUGGCGAAGGAUCCAUGGACGAGUCAGGAUCCACUAACAAGUCAAGAAGCAAAUCCAGUUCCAGAAGUGGUUCAAAGCUCUCCGGCUCGAAAGCAAAAACAGGGUCAAAGUCUCCGACUGGGAAAUCAAAGAAAACAAACGAAGAGUUCGAAAUCAUUUCGGGUGAAGGAUCGAACUUGUCUGGCGCGGAUGAAAGUUUGUCCGAAAUGAGUGCAAGUGAAGAUGAAUUAUCUGUUAACUCACAAGCUUCGAAGACAAGCAAAACAAAGUCAAAACGAAGGAAACGAACCAAGUCCAAAGGACGUUCCGGAGCUGCCACAAAAAGCAAAGUUGGAUUCUCAAAAGGAGCACCAGAAACUCGCACGUAUGACCCCACGAUCGAUUCGACAAACCAAGCAACUGGAGCCGGAACGGGAGCAGGCACGAAUAUCGGUGCUUCUGGGACCCGAGACUUGACGUCACAAGGCGAAACAGAGUCUCAAGUAUCUGGCUCGAAGUCAAAUGCUUCAGGCGCGAGUAAGAAGUCAUCUAAGCUACCUCGAUCAAACAGUCGCUCUCAGACCACACCGAUCAAAGCUGCGAGCGGUGUGCAAGGAUCUACAUUCACUGGAACUCAGAAAACGAUGGGAACAGAUGUAUCAGCAUCCGUGGUCAAUUCUCGUGGAAAGUAUGGAAGCGAUCAAACUGGAGCCACAGGCACCCAAGGAACUGGUACCCAAGGAACUGGUACCCAAGGAACUGGUACCCAAGGAACUGGUACACAAGGAACUGGUACCCAAGCAAAUGGUACACAGGGGAGUGGCACCCAAGGCAGUGGUAACCGAGGCACUGGUAACCGAGGCACCCAAAACACUGGCACCCAAGGAAUGGGUAUUCAAGGCUCGGAUAACAAAGGAACACUCAAAACGGAAGUGACAGGAACCGACGCUUCUGGGGUAUCAGUAUCCGUGGUCAAUUCUCGUGGAAAGUAUGGAAGCGAUCAAACUGGAGCUACAGGUACUCAAGGAACUGGUACCCAAGGAACUGGUACUCAGGGAACUGGUAUCCAAGGCACUGGUACUAAAGGAACUGGUACACAGGAAACUGGUACCCAGGAAACUAGUACCCAGGAAACUGGCACCCAGGGCACUGGUACCCAAAGAACUGGUACUCAGGGAACUGAUACUCAAGGAACUGGUACCCAAGGAUCUGGUACCCAAGGAACAGGCACUAAAGAAACGAGUAUCCAAGGGCCAGAAAAUAAAGGAACACUCGGAACAAAAGUAUCAGGAACUGAUGCUUCUGGGGUAUCAGCAUCCGUCGUCAAUUCUCGAGGAAAAUACGGAAGCGAUCAAACUGGAGCCAUAGGUACACAAAGGACUGGUACCCAAGGAACUGGUACCCAGGGAGGUGAUACCCAAGGAAGUGGUACACAAGGAACUGGUAUCCAAGGGACUGGUACCCAAGGAACUGGUACCCAGGAAAGUGGUACCCAAGGAGUUGGUACAAAAGAAAGUGGUACCCAGGAAAAUGGUGCCCAAGAAGCUGGUGCACGAGAAACUGGUACGCAAGGAACUACCCAAAAACAUCUUAGUACUGAAGCGACAGGAACACACGCUUCCGGUGUUUCAGCAUCUGUGGUCAAUUCAAGAGGCAAAUAUGGAACCAGUGGCACAGGAAUGACAUCUGGCUCGGAUGCAAAAUCUUCCAACGCAAUGACGAAGCAAUCACUAAAUCAAGAUGGGACUUUGAAAAGUUCAAAUGCAUCCGAGACGAACAAAACCGGCUCCAAAGGAAAAUCGUUUCCUGAAACCAGAAAGCAAUCUUUAAACGCUGACGGAACUGUGAAAGAGACAGCCGCUUCUGGUACCAAAGGCUCACAGCAGUCUGGAACUCAGGCUACUGGUACUGCCGCAACUGGAACUGACGCUUCUGGCCUGGAUGCCAAAGAUGAAAAUGAAACAGGUACUGGUUCGAAUGUAACUGGCUCUGGUGCUCAGACUGAAAAAAGUAAAAGUGGUGCAACAGGGUCUCAGGGACCUACACUCAAAGCUGACGGAACAGCGAAAGAAACAGCGGCUUCUGGUACCAAAGGCUCACAACAGUCUGGAACUCAAGCUAGUGGUGCCGCUGCCUCCGGAACUGCCGCUUCUGGUACUGCUGCCGCUGGUACUGCAGCUUCUGGAUUGGAUGGCAAAGAUGAACAGGAAGAUGGAACAGGUACUGGUUCGAAUGUAACUGGCUCUGGCGCGCAGACGGGGAAAAGUAAAAGCGGUGCAACAGGGUCACAGGAACCUACACUCAACGCUGACGGAACAGUGAAAGAGACGGCUGCUUCUGGUACCAAAGGCUCACAACAGUCUGGAACUCAAGCUAGUGGUACCGCUGCCUCCGGUACUGCCGCUUCUGGUACUGCUGCCGCUGGUACUGCAGCUUCUGGAUUGGAUGGCGAAGAUGAAGAGGAAGAGAGAACGGAUGCUGGUUCGAAUGUAUCUGGUUCUGGCGCGCAGACGGGAAAGAGUAAAAGCGGUGCAACCGGGUCACAGGAACCUAAACUCAACGCUGACGGAACAGUGAAAGAGACGGCCGCUUCUGGUACCAAAGGCUCACAACAGUCUGGAACUCAAGCUAGUGGUACCGCUGCCUCCGGUACUGCCGCAUCUGGUACUGCUGCCCCUGGUGCUGCAGCUUCUGGAUUGGAUGGCGAAGAUGAAGAGGAAGAUGGAACAAAUGCUGGUUCGAAUGUAUCUGGUUCUGGCGCGCAGACGGGGAAAAGUAAAAGCGGUGCAACAGAGUCACAGGAGGGUACACUCAACGCUGAUGGAACAGUGAAAGAGACGGCCGCUUCUGGUACGAAAGGCUCACAACAGCCUGGAACUCAAGCUAGUGGUACCGCUGCCUCCGGUACUGCCGCUUCUGGUACUGCUGCCGCUGGUACUGCAGCUUCUGGAUUGGAUGGCGAAGAUGAAGAGGAAGAUGGAACAGAUGCUGGUUCGAAUGUAUCUGGUUCUGGCGCGCAGACGGGAAAAAGUAAAAGCGGUGCAACCGGGUCACAGGAACCUACACUCAACGCUGAUGGAACAGUAAAAGAGACGGCCGCUUCUGGUACCAAAGGCUCACAACAGUCUGGAACUCAAGCUAGUGGUACCGCUGCCUCCGGUACUGCCGCUUCUGGUACUGCUGCUGCUGGUACUGCAGCUUCUGGAUUGGAUGGCGAAGAUGAAGAGGAAGAUGGAACAGGUACUGGUUCAAAUGUAACUGGCUCUGGCGCGCAGACGGGUAAAAGUAAAAGCGGUGCAACAGGGUCACAGGAACCUACACUCAACGCUGACGGAACAGUGAAAGAGACGGCUGCUUCUGGUACCAAAGGCUCGCAACAGCCUGGAACUCAAGCUAGUGGUACCGCUGUCUCCGGUACUGCCGCUUCCGGUACUGCUGCCGCUGGUACUGCAGCUUCUGGAUUGGAUGGCGAAGAUGAAGAGGAAGAUGGAACAGGUACUGGCUCGAAUGUAACUGGCUCUGGCGCGCAGACGGGGAAAAGUAAAAGCGGUGCAACAGGGUCACAGGAACCUACACUCAACGCUGACGGAACAGUGAAAGAGACAGCCGCUUCUGGUACCAAAGGCUCACAACAGUCUGGAACUCAAGCUAGUGGUACCGCUGCCUCCGAUACUGCCGCUUCUGGUACUGCUGCCGCUGGUACUGCAGCUUCUGGAUUGGAUGGCGAAGAUGAAGAGGAAGAUGGAACAGGUACUGGUUCGAAUGUAUCUGGAUCUGGCGCGCAGACGGGAAAAAGUAAAAGCGGCGCAACAGGGUCUCAGGAACCUACACUCAACGCUGACGGAACAGUGAAAGAGACAGCCGCUUCUGGUACCAAAGGCUCACAACAGUCUGGAACUCAAGCUAGUGGUACCGCUGCCUCCGGUACUGCCGCUUCUGGUACUGCUGCCGCUGGUACUGCAGCUUCUGGAUUGGAUGGCGAAGAUGAAGAGGAAGAUGGAACAGGUACUGGUUCGAAUGUAACUGGCUCUGGCGCGCAGACGGGGAAAAGUAAAAGCGGUGCAACAGGGUCACAGGAACCAACACUCAACGCUGACGGAACAGUGAAAGAGACGGCCGCUUCUGGUACCAAAGGCUCGCAACAGCCUGGAACUCAAGCUAGUGGUACCGCUGUCUCCGGUACUGCCGCUUCCGGUACUGCUGCUGCUGGUACUGCAGCUUCUGGAUUGGAUGGCGAAGUAGAAGAGGAAGAUGAAACAGAUGCUGGUUCGAAAGUAUCUGGUUCUGGCGCGUUGACGGGAAAGAAUAAAAGCGAUGCAACCGGGACACAGAAACCUACACUCAACGCUGACGGAGCAGUGAAAGAGACAGCCGCUUCUGGUACCAAAGGCUCACAACAGUCUGGAACUCAAGCUAGUGGUACCGCUGCCUCCGGUACUGCCGCUUCUGGUACUGCUGCCGCUGGUACUGCAGCUUCUGGAUUGGAUGGCGAAGAUGAAGAGGAAGAUGGAAGAGGUACUGGUUCGAAUGUAUCUGGAUCUGGCGCGCAGACGGGAAAAAGUAAAAGCGGCGCAACAGGGUCUCAGGAACCUACACUCAACGCUGACGGAACAGUGAAAGAGACAGCCGCUUCUGGUACCAAAGGCUCACAACAGUCUGAAACUCAAGCUAGUGGUACCGCUGCCUCCGGUACUGCCGCUUCUGGUACUGCUGCCGCUGGUACUGCAGCUUCUGGAUUGGAUGGCGAAGAUGAAGAGGAAGAUGGAACAGGUACUGGUUCGAAUGUAACUGGCUCUGGCGCGCAGACGGGGAAAAGUAAAAGCGGUGCAACAGGGUCACAGGAACCAACACUCAACGCUGACGGAACAGUGAAAGAGACGGCCGCUUCUGGUACCAAAGGCUCGCAACAGCCUGGAACUCAAGCUAGUGGUACCGCUGUCUCCGGUACUGCCGCUUCCGGUACUGCUGCUGCUGGUACUGCAGCUUCUGGAUUGGAUGGCGAAGUAGAAGAGGAAGAUGAAACAGAUGCUGGUUCGAAAGUAUCUGGUUCUGGCGCGUUGACGGGAAAGAAUAAAAGCGAUGCAACCGGGACACAGGAACCUACACUCAACGCUGACGGAGCAGUGAAAGAGACAGCCGCUUCUGGUACCAAAGGCUCACAACAGUCUGGAACUCAAGCUAGUGGUACCGCUGCCUCCGGUACUGCCGCUUCUGGUACUGCUGCCAAUGGUACUGCAGCUUCUGGAUUGGAUGGCGAAGAUGAAGAGGAAGAUGGAACAGGUACUGGUUCGAAUGUAUCUGGUUCUGGCACGCAGACGGGAAAAAGUAAAAGCGGUGCAACAGGGUUUCAGGAACCUACACUCAACGCUGACGGAACAAUGAAAGAGACGGCCGCUUCUGGUACCAAAGUCUCACAACAGUCUGGAACUCAAGCUAGUGGUACCGCUGCCUCCGGUACUGCCGCUUCUGGUACUGCUGCCGCUGGUACUGCAGCUUCUGGAUUGGAUGGCGAAGAUGAAGAGGAAGAUAGAACAGAUGCUGGUUCGAAUGUAUCUGUUUCUGGCGCGCAGACGGGAAAAAGUAAAAGCGGUGCAACCGGGUCACAGGAACCUACACUCAACGCUGAUGGAACAGUGAAAGAGACGGCCGCUUCUGGUACCAAAGGCUCACAACAGUCUGGAACUCAAGCUAGUGGUACCGCUGCCUCCGGUACUACCGCUUCUGGUACUGCUGCCGCUGGUACUGCAGCUUCUGGAUUGGAUGGCGAAGGUGAAGAGGAAGAUGGAACAGGUACUGGUUCGAAUGUAACUGGCUCUGGCGCGCAGACGGUGAAAAGUAAAAGCGGUGCAACAGGGUCACAGGAACCUACACUCAACGCUGACGGAACAGUGAAAGAGACGGCCGCUUUUGGUACCAAAGGCUCACAACAGUCUGGAACUCAAGCUAGUGGUACCGCUGCCUCCGGUACUGCCGCUUCUGGUACUGUUGCCGCUGGUACUGCAGCUUCUGGAUUGGAUGGCGAAGAUGAAGAGCAAGAUGGAACAGGUACUGGUUCGAAUGUAUCUGGUUCUGGCGCGCAGACGGGAAAAAGUAAAAACGGUGCAACAGGGUCUCAGGAACCUACACUCAACGCUGACGGAACAGUGAAAGAUACGGCCGCUUCUGGUACCAAAGGCUCACAACAGCCUGGAACUCAAGCUAGUGGUACCGGUGCCUCCGGUACUGCCGCUUCUGGUACUGCUGCCGCUGGUACUGCAGCUUCUGGAUUGGAUGGCGAAGAUGAAGAGCAAGAUGGAACAGGUACUGGUUCGAAUGUAUCUGGUUCUGGCGCGCAGACGGGAAAAAGUAAAAACGGUGCAACAGGGUCUCAGGAACCUACACUCAACGCUGACGGAACAGUGAAAGAUACGGCCGCUUCUUAUACCAAAGGCUCACAACAGCCUGGAACUCAAGCUAGUGGUACCGGUGCCUCCGGUACUGCCGCUUCUGGUACUGCUGGCGCUGGUACUGCAGCUUCUGGGUUGGAUGGCGAAGAUGAAGAGGAAGAUGGAACAGGUACUGGUUCGAAUGUAACUGGCUCUGGCGCGCAGACGGGAAAAAGUAAAAGCGGUGCAACGGGGUCACAGGAACCUACAUUUAACGCUGACGGAACAGUGAAAGAGACGGCCGCUUCUGGUACCAAAGGCUCACAACAGCCUGGAACUCAAGUUAGUGGUACCGCUGCCUCCGGUACUGCCGCUUCUGGUACUGCAGCUUCCGGAUUGGAUGGCGAAGAUGAAGAGGAAGAUGGAACAGGUACUGGUUCGAAUGUAACUGGCUCUGGUGCUCAGAUGGAAAAAAGUAAAAGUGGUGCAACAGGGUCUCAAGAACCUACACUCAACGCUGACGGAACAGUGAAAGAGACGGCCGCUUCUGGCACCAAAGGCACACAACAGUCUGGAAGCCAAGCUGCAGGUACUGCCGCUACGAGCCUUGAGGUUGAAGAUGAAGAUGCAACUGAUACUGGCUCGAACGAUUCAGCUUCUGAUGGAACACAAAAAGAGUUGGCAAUUUCUGGUAGUGAUGGUUCAAAACUUUCUGGCACAAAAGCUGCUGGUAGUAAACCGAGUCAGAAAACAGCAAGAUCGGAAGUUGAAGAAAGUGAAAUAAAUCCAUCCGAUAGGGGCGAGGGGUUAAAUGCUGCGCCUGGUUCUCUUUCGGAUCUAUCCACCAGCAAGUCCAAAAGCAAAUUUUCCGGUUCCAAAGAAAACGGAACCUUUGGAACAUCUCACGCUUCAGUUGUAAAUUCGAGAGGAAACUAUGGACCCAAUAGUACUGAAGACGCCGCUGGGCCCAAGAGUAAUACAUCAGGUUCGCAAGGUGCUGGAACACUUGGAACUGAGAAGUCUCUUGGCACUGGAGGAUCCCAAGGAACUUCUCAUGCUUCGGUUGUAAACUCCAGAGGAAGUUAUGGCCCGAGUAGAGCCGAAGAUAGCGCAGAGUCUAAAAGUAAAAUGUCAGAUUCUAAAGGUGCUGGAACUCUUGGAACUGGGAAUUCUCUUGGAACUGGAGCCUCUCAUGGAACUUCUCAUGCUUCGGUUGUAAACUCGAGAGGAAGUUAUGGACCCAGCAGCGCUGAAGAAGAAUAUAAGUCCCGAGGUGAGCUUUCAGGUGAUAUCAAGGAAGAAGAAAAUGAGGACGAUGAAGAUAAACACACAAGAACAGGAGAUAACUCGGCUAUUUCGGCUCGAACUUCACUUGAAGAGGAACAAUCAGGGUCACAAAAAACUCUAGAAGUCACAAAAAAUUCUAGUGGUGCUCUCGGUGUUAAAUCAGCCGCUACUGAGCAAGAAGGUGGCGAAUUGGAGGGGUCGAUAGAAUCAGAAAAAGUUGAUCCUGAUGCCGACGAUGGAGGUGAUGAUGACGAAAACGACCCGUCCCAGAAAGACACCAAAACUGGAUCUGGAUCUAGUUCGAAAAGUAAAGAUCCGACUCUACCCGAUGGUCCUCCUGGCGAUGAUGAGGGAUUGUCAGGCACAAAUACUGGCUCCAAAGGUCAGAGUUUUAAAAAGGGCGAAGAAGGAACAUCGGACGCAAGCAAACUUUCUGGAUCCAAAAACGGGAGUCAAAAUAAAACUUCGCAGCCGACUGGAUCAAAAGCUGGAACUGGUUUAGCUGGGAGUAAAGAAGAAGGCGAAGAGGAGGCUGGCGAGGAUGAAAUUGAAGCAGAGGAAGCUGAAGAUCAGUUUGGUGAAAAAAGCAACGUUACCGGAGUCGAAAUCAGCAAUGCAGAUGAUGAUUCGGCAACACAAGAACCAGGCGGUACAGAGGAAUCAAAAAAAGCUACUGAUAUGAUGCAAAGUGAAGGCACUUUUACUCCUUCGAAAGCUGCAGAAAUGGGAGUCUCAUAUGAGGAACCACAAGGGCAAGAAGAUGGGAAAUCACAAGGUCUUUCGGCUGCUGGAACUGGUUCCAAGCAGGAUGAUGGUCUGUCAGCUCCUGAGACGGGAACCAAGCAAGACUCAGACGUUUCGAGUGACAUCAAAGUUUCCAAGAGUGGGAGCAAGUGGCCGAACACAGAAACUACUCUGCCCCCGACUGAGUUCGGAAACAAUUACGAGAACGUGCAGGCCAAAGAGAAGAAACCUGGGAAACAGCUCAACUUCGACGAGCAGAUGAAGAGUACAAAGGGUUGUAUGCACUCAUUGGAACAACUGAGAUCACAGCAUGAACAGAUGAUAAACAAACUGCAGCAGGAGCAGAACAAAGAGGGCGGACAGGAGGGGGAGGAGGGCGAGGAGGAAGGGAGCAAAGAUGGGGGAGGCAAGAAGCAGGAAGAGGGAGGAGAGUAA